AUGCGAUGUCAGCACUGCAGCUUGGCCUUAUGGUUCCUCGGCACAGUGGUUCUGCCCUCGCAGGCCAAGAACAUCAUGAGGCGAUCGCAGGCACUUAUUGCCAGUGACGGAGCCAUUCUGCAGCAAAUUCUGGACUUUGCAUGGUCGGAAACUGAUGCUGCUAUGCCCGUUUACAAGCUUUACUUCAACCUCCAGGGGAAGCAUAUGUGUUGGCAGAGAGAGUCCGAAGGCUGUCGUUCGUCCGCGGCUGAAUGCAAUGUGGAGUAUUGCCAUGCCGACGAUCCUGGCUGUGACUGUAUGAAAGUGGGAUUUCGGAAUUGCAGUCAAAGCAGGCUGGCACCGUUGCAGCUGUUUGUGGAAACGAUGAAGCAACCAGAUGGGAAAUUUCCGAACCAUACCUAUUACUGGCGCCAGCUCCGGGUGAAGUAUUACGACUCCUCAGAUUGGGGCGACCGCUCCCACGAUUUCGGAAAGGCCUUGGAGUCCUAUCUGGCUUGCAACGCAGAGCCCUGCGAGUGCCGAAGUGAGAGCGUCUUCGGUUUUGCCUGGGAUGGAAGCAGGCUGGUCAACGUGGAGGAGGAGACGCGCCGCAGCGUUGGUCCAUCUCCUUUUCAUCUCAAAACUGGGGACACGACGCUGACUUUGCGCGAGUACAACAUGCGCUUGAAGGAAAGCAAGAUGGAAGCUGCAGCCUCUCACAUAUACCACGAUCCCACAUCUUCAUCGACCAAAACAACAUCCACGACAACCCACAUGCAGUCACUCUCGACCACUCGCACACCUGCGCGAGCUACCAGCACCAGCACCACGACCACUACAAGACAACCCAGGACGACCACGGCUGUCACCACUUCGGCCUCCGAUGACAUCGAGGAGGACAGCGCCGAGGAGGACUCGACAACCAACGAGAUCAGUACCACCACAGGAGCGGGCAACUGGGAUGAGGAUGAUGAAGAAGCUCCGGAAGAGGAGCAGGAGGACGAUUCCGGCGAGCAGCGGGACAGACCUGUGGUCACUACCAGCGCCUUGCUCACAUCGACGCAGCAGUCCAAGCAGACGUCGACACAGCAAGGCACCUCGCGCGAGCCGCAACCUCCGAGCACAAGCCCUCCCACCACGACAUCUCCUUCACCGGCAGGGCCUGGAUCCGAUAAAGGUGGCAACACCGGGAGUGAUGCCGGAGGUGGCGACAGUGACGACGGUGAAGACGGCGGCGAUGACGGCGAUGAUGGCAGCGACGGCAAUUCUGACGAUGACGGUGGUGACAGCACUGACAGCAGUGACGGUGCCGGAGAAGAUGAUCGCGAUGAUGCGGGCAGUGAUGAGUCCGGAGGGGAUGGUGAGACAGCCAAGUCGAGAACCUCGGCGACUUCGACCACCACUGCUGCUCCCGAAAUUGUUACCACUUCCAAAUCCACUUCAAUCACAUCCACAACUACUUCCACGUCAACAAUGACGAGCACCACGACAUCUCUGACAAGGACAACUACGACAACGACGACACAAUUCUGCCAUUGCUUUGCCAAUGUGUCAUGGCGGAAGGAGACUCCGGGCCGGUUGCCGUCGUCUCCCAGUGGCUCAGCACGUCUGCGCCGCACGGUGGCUACAGCAGCUGUGACGGCAGCGGUGGGAGGUUGCAAGAAGUUCUGCCUCCAGGACGACUUUAUGCAUGCCAUCGCCAGACAGAAGGGCAGCGAUGCCUAUUGCACCUGCUACACGAAAGACACCAGCAAUCCAGUGUAUGACACGACGGCCAGGUUCGAGGAGAACCAGUCCCUCAUCGGAGAAUGGAACCUGGAGGCCCCGGCUGCCGUCCGAGGCUACACCAAGUUGCUGGUUCCAAAGACGAGCUCCGAGAAGAUCAAGGCACAUGCGGGAUGCCCGGAGGACAGUUCAGACUGCUCUGCUCUCUUCGGCCUUGGUUGUGGGGACAAGCCGCCUUUGCUGUGCCCCAACACUCACGAGCACAGUCCCUUCGUCACAACACUGCCUCCCAACGUUCGGCCGUCAGACAGCUUCUUCCUGAGUCAGGCUUGUGCAGGUGCUUCAGUUUCCAACAACUCGGAGUCCCAUGCCAGCCUGUGCAGCAAUGCGUGGCUGGUUUUCGACUUGGAGGAGAAGUUCAUUGUUACGAAGAUACGAUUCCACAACUACGUUACUCAGGAUGCCGUCCGCAAGGUCAUCUUCAGUGGCAGCAGCAGUGUGGGAGACUGGGUUCCGGCUCAAGCCAUUGACCUGCCGAACACGGCGACGGAGCGGUCGCCUUCAGCAGAGAAGCAUUCCGUUUCUGAGCACGUCUUGGACGUUCCAAUCAGCGAGAGGUUUCUGAAGAUGGGGAUCCUUGAGAACUAUGGCAGCAGAGGUGUGGGGUUCUUUCGCAUCGAGUUCCACGGGUUCAGGUACUUCUUCACGGACUUUACCAAGUACCCAGGAAAGGCCUGUGGAGGCUACGAGCUCGAGGACAUGGCCGGGGCGCGCGGCUCCGAGCAGCGCUGCCGGGCGCAGUGCGCCGCGCGCUUGGACUGCGCUGCGGUGGAGGUCAUCCACUCUGGAGCAUCUGCUGGCAGCUGCAUCUUCCACAGCAACAUCUGGAUACCCACAAGGUCCUUGGAAGACGAGCGUGAUUGCUUCGUCCGAGAGGGUCAGACCGUCUUCUGCCAGCGCGGCCUUCCGUUGCACGACGUCUGCUGCAGCCCAGAGUGUGGCACCUGCGGAGGCGACAAGUGUUCUUACCGCCCCGGGGGUCGAUCCAAGUGCUGUGCCGGAUCCAUCAGGGUCAUGCGGCACCUGUGCGCCAACACGACAGAUGUGGCUUGCCGAAUUCCACGGCCUCGGCGCGCUGGAAUUCCGACGCUCCGUCUCACGUUUGAGAACGAAACCGGAGGCUCCAAUGCAAGUGAAGACUUACGGCCUUCGAAGACGAUCAAGGUCAGCGGUUUUCAGCCAUCGACGACGCUGUCACGGGCAGGGGGAACAGCCGCCGACCUCACAGGUGUGAACACCGGUAUCGAGAUCCGAAACUACGGGCGGUGGUUCACAGCCACCUCGACCUACAUGUGCUGGAUCCGGCCAACCUUCGUGAGGGAUCAGACCUGGUAUUUCAUCUUUCGCAGCAGCGGCUACACCAUGCACAAUCCCGAGGACGGAAGUUGGGCAGUGGAGUUUCAGUGCAAGGGUGACAAGGCGCGGCUGAUGAUCUGGACUCGGCAGCCCGCCGGUCUCGGUGCCGUCUGCACGGAGUUCAAGGCAAAAGCUCGUUGGGCUGACCGGUGGACUCAUGUCGCGGUGGUGAUGCGAGUGGGAGGUGCUUUCCCGCAGCUCUACUUGAAUGGCCUUCCCGAGGAAGUGGAGGACAGCUCUGCUCCUUGGUCUGAGUUGGAAGACAUCGUCUACAACGAGAACCAGUACCUGAUCAUCGGAAAGGCAGCAGAAACUGACCAGCAGUUUGACGGCUUCAUCGAUCAUUUCGAGAUUUACGAGGAGAGCCUGACCCCUCAGUUCAUGCGCAAGCACUACAACACCAUCGAAGCCGCAAAGGAUGAAGGAGAGGAAGCCACAAUAAUUCGCCAAAUAUGCCUUCCACCGACCGACACUACAGGCUACAUCAUCCAGGGCGGCAGUGCAGCACGAAACAGCUUCGAUGUGUCAGCAAGCUGCGAUGAUGCCAUGGGGUAUGGAGGGAUUGCUGUCGUCACUCGCUGUUCCAUGACCUCCAAGCGGUAUGCUCUAAGUGGCUGCCUGCUCAAGGAGCAGUGUUCUGCAGAUCGCUGCCUGGUGAAAAGUUGA